ACCCUUGAAACAAGAGCCAUGAAACUGUACAUCAUCUUCUUCCUGGCAGUGCUGAACAAAGAAACCUCUAACUAUCAACUCUCAGAGAGGACAUCCUGUGAAAUGCAUCUUAAUGGGACCAAGUGGUCCUCACCCUCCAGUACUUCUUGACAAUGGACUUGAAACAGCAGCACUGACAAAGAUGAUGAAGUCAGAACCUGAGACUGACAAAACCCUCUUUUCCAGUCUCAAGCUACCAGCCCAUUGGACUAAGGGGUAAACUCUCAGGCAUUUUGUCACAACAAAGACCUCCACCAAAUCCCUCGUGAGCUCCAUCCAAAUGUAAACAAAAUAGAUCUGUCAGGAAAUCUGAUUCAAAGCAUUCCUGAAAUGUCAUUAUCAUUUUACACUUCCCUUCAGUGCCUGGAUUUAAGCUCUAACCAGAUAAGUUUCAUCACACCUGGAGUCUUUGCACACAUGAAGAAUUUGCUGGAAAUAAGUUUAGCCAACAAUCACUUAUAUGAGCUUGCUCAAAAUGUCACAGAAGGGAUUGGACUCUUACCCAAGGUGGAAAUACUGGACUUGUCCCACAACAGUCUGUACAAUGGGAUGGCUGAAUAUUUCAUCAAAGAAGCUCCAGCACUGCAGUAUCUUUCCUUGGCAGACAACAGUAUUAUAAUGAUAUCACAAAACAUGUUUCAGGGAUCUCCCAAUCUUGUGGAAAUAAAUCUUCAGAGCAACAUCAUCAUGGAAAUAGAAGAAGGUGCUUUUGAGACUCUAGUGAGCCUGUCCAAACUCAAUCUCUCAAAGAAUUCAAUUACUUGCAUCUCUGAUUUUAACCUCAGGCAGCUGGAGAUACUUGACCUUAGCAGGAACAGCAUUGAGACCUUCCACACGACAAAAUCAGAUGAUGAAUAUAGCUUAAGGUAUUUGGAUUUGAGUGAAAACAAACUGUUUCACUUCCCAGUGUUCCCUCAGGUAAAUAAGCUGGUAACUCUGAAUUUAUCAAAGAAUUUAAUCCAGCUCAGUGCUGAAUCCCCUCAUAAUAAAAUGGACUAUGUGAAAAAUGAAUGGCUAAAUGCUUCUUUCUAUCUUCUUGAUCAGAAGCAAAGUAGAAACAAAAGUUCUCUUUAUUUAUCCCAGCUUGUAUACUUAGACUUAAGUUAUAAUGAAAUCAAAUCCAUUCCAGAUGAGUUCUUUGAAUCAAUGUCGUCCCUUCACAACCUGAAUCUCAGUAAAAACUGUCUUCAGGCAUUUGCAGUAAGUUAUGACAGUGCAUUGAUCUCUUUAACUGUCCUUGACUUGAGCUACAAUGCUUUGCAGACCCUUCUCCUUGAUGCUGAGGCAUUGUCAAAUUUGAAGGAGCUCUAUAUUCAAAACAACUACCUUCAAACCCUGCAGUUUGACAUCUUCUCAAAUCUUCCUAGCCUUAGACUGCUUAAUCUACAGAGCAAUAAUAUCAGCCUUUGCAGCAUGUACUCUGGGUUGGCUAAGCAAAGACUUGCUGGAGAGGAAAGUGGUUGUGUAUCAUUUGUCGAUUCUCCUGCUCUUCGGUACUUGUACCUAGCUGACAACAUGCUGAGCAUCCUACCAGCAUACAGCUUCUACAAGACUUCUCUGGUUGUCUUGGACCUCUCCAUGAACCCUGGACUGAAAAUAGAACUUAAGGCAUUAUCAGGUCUGGAAAAGUCUCUGGAAUGUUUGUAUUUAUAUGGUAAUAGCCUGAUAGAUUUAAAUAUUCACUUGCCUUGUUUUCGUCACCUUAAACAUUUAAACCUCUCUGAAAAUCAGCUGAACUGGCUGCCUAAGUGGGGUAGUGACUCUCCAGUAGAAGUUCUGGACCUACGGAACAACAGGUUCAGUACGUUACAGAACAGCAAUAUUUUAGCAUUAGAAAACUCACUUAAAAACUUGUAUCUCACUGGGAACCCACUCAUCUGCUGUGGAAACAUCUGGCUUUCAUCAAUGAUCCAGAACAAAAAUGUCCAGAUCCCCAAUGUGGAGCAUUUAACGUGUCAGCACACUCAAAAUUUCGGGUACCAGGAUGAAAUGCACAUCAGGAACAUUAGACCAGAAGACUGUGAAAAAGAGGAUCUGAAGAAAACCAACUUCCUUAUUAUAUUAAUAUUUGUAUUGGUUUUAUCUGUGAUCAUCAUUGGUGUGGGUUCAUUUUUUUGCUCCCGCAGACAAAACUUUACCCACCAGUUUAAAGCAUAGUAACACAAAAUACCUUGAAAACUGAAGAAAUCGGAUGCUACACCGACAGUGUGUAGAAAUGAAGGGUAAAAUUCUCAUCUUUGAUUUUCAGCUGUGGAUUACAAAUACUUUUGAAAUGCCCCUGAAUUACAUCACUGGUAUGGGUUGCAGAGACUGGAAGGAGAAUUUGCCAUGUUUUGCAGAUCCACGGUUUAACUCAAAGAGGAGAAAUUUGGCCCUUGUGUGCAAUAUAUAUUUAACUGAGUUUAAUGUGAAGAAAGUCAUCUCUGGGGUGAAGGCUUUUAGAAAAAUAUUCUGGAGCAUGAAUUUCAACCAGCUAACAUUGAAUUGAAAUGUUUAUAUUUCCAAGAAAAACUGUUGGGAAAUCACUGCAUAUGAUUACAUUUCAAUGCAGAAGAAUAGUAUAUCUAUUAUUAAAGGCCACGGGAGGUUAGAUUGUAAAAAGGCGUUUUGAAGUUACCAAUGUGAAAUAACGCGUAGGGAACACAGUCCUGGGCCAUUAUUCAGAUCUGUCUUUCUACUGUCUUUCCCCCAAAAUAUAUUAUUAUCUAGAGGAUGUGCCGCAAGAAAAGUUCUGUGGGUCUUCAUUCUGUGCUGUGUUUAACAUGGCUAACCUGUUGCGUUGCUAGAAGUUGACACUGACAAAUGUUAUGUCAUAUACUCUCACAGAAAAUUCACCCUUUUGAAGGGAACAUGGCAGUGAGUGGGAGCCUGACCUGCUAACAGGGUUCAGUGGCUUUGAAAAGGAAUUAUACCAGGCCUCUGUUAAUGCCAGGAACAGUCCAUUCAGGUACAUAAGAGAAAUCGUGGUCAAACUGAAACCUGUCCAGGUAAAUUACUCAGAGUCAAAUUGCUGCUCCAUUUCUGUUUCUUCCAGCUAGUGAAUGUCAUAACUACCACACUACAAAAAGGUAUAUAAUUAUAUUUUUUAAGCAGUUAUGUAUGAAACUGGCUGGUGGUUUUCACUGGGGAAUUUUGUACAAUAAAAACAACUGAGUUUUGUAAAAAGCACAAGGCUGUGGAUAUAUUAAAACACCAGCUUGGAAUGCUCCGCAGUUAAAAGGAAACGUUUUCCUAUUUUUCUAUGGUAUUUAUACUUCACCUUAGACCUUUACCUUCUGGUCCUGAAGCAGAGACAGCUGCUCCAUAUUAUAGAGUACAACCAGUGGAGAAUAAGGAAAUGUACUGGAGAUGCAGGCAAGAAUUUGGAAGAGGUUGCCCAGAAAAGUUGUCUGCCCCAUCCCUGGAGGUAUUCAAGGCCAGAUUGGAUGGGCUUUGGAGCAAUCUGGCCCAGCAGAAGAUGUCCCUGCCCAGGGCGGGGCAUUGGAACAAGCUGAUCUUUAAGGUCCCUUCCAAACCAAACCAUUUUGUGAUGUCUGUGAUCCUAUGAAUUUGAACAAACCAUCAGCAGCAAUAGGGCCUGA